AUGCCGGUUGCUGCGCCACCAACUGUAGAUGUACUGGAUGUAAGGUCAAGUGCGCAUGCUUUCGCACCAAUUUCGCAUGCUCUGUUGGAUGCCAGACAGGACAGUGUUGUGAAACCAAAGCCUGUUUGUGCAAUGGAAAUUGCCAAUGUCCUAAGUGCAGAUGCACUUGCGCAUGUGGAUGCACUGGACCAACAACCUGUAAGUGUGCCUCUGGCUGCACGUGUAAGCAGUGUUUUGUGCGCCAUGUGUUCGGAGGGGAGCUGCGACUGUACUAGUACAGACUGCUGUAGCAGCAGCUGUAGUUGUCCGAGAUGUAAGGCCAGCUCCCAAGGCUUAGCGGCUAAAGGUACUACCUGUCUUGAUGGAAUAUGCCAAAUUGGACGCAAGUGUGAGUGUGGUGACUCUUGUCAGUGCAGUGACGGAUGUCAGUGUCCUAAAUGUAAAGCCGGAUGCAAAUGUGCAGGUGCCUACUUCGUUUGCUCCUCAGAAUGCAUGUCCGGCAAAUGUUGUGGAACCAAAACAUGCCAGUGCGACGGGAAAUGUACUUGUCCUAAAUGCAGAUGUAACUGCGCAUCCGCCGUGUACUGCGCCAAGUGUCCUGGAGGGAGGUGUGGUUGUACUGGUGCAGACUGUUGUACCAAAAACUGUAGAUGCCCCGGAUGUAAGAGCGGUUGUGGAUGCUUCCCGAAGAAGGAUGCCAUCUGUCCUGGUGGACAAUGUAAGGUCGGGCGUGCGUGUGAGUGUGGAGAUUCCUGCACGUGCAAUGACACUUGUCAGUGCUCUGUCUGCAAGGCUGGCUGCAAGUGUGGAGGUGCCAAUGCUGUAUGUUCUGCGAACUGUCAUUCAGGGCAAUGCUGUGGAACUAGUGCUUGUCAGUGCAGUUGCAACUCUGCUGCCGCUGUGUUCUGUGCCAAAUGUCCCGGGGGGAGGUGUGGUUGUACUGGUGUGCGAUGUUGUACCAGCAACUGUAGAUGUCCCGGGUGUAAAGUCAAUUGUGGAUGUUUCUCGGCUAAGCGAGCUACUUGCCCGGAUGGAGUUUGCCAGAUAGGGCGUGCAUGUAAAUGUGGCUGCAAGUGCAGUAGCGCAUGCCAGUGUCCAUUCUGCAAGGCUGGGUGCAAAUGUGCAGGAAACUACCUGCGAUAGGGGGUGUACUGGACCCUGCACUUGUAGAUGUGCUACAGGCUGCACAUGUAAGCAUUUAGUGAUGAC